ACGAACGAUACGAAGCUAACUCGUCGUCGGUGAGAUUUCCCGGCGAAGCAAAAUUGGUGUUUCUCCGCUACAGAGCUAUGGCUCUGAUCGAUGUCGCGAUAUCUUGUCUCAAUUCGAUCCGCGAAAUAGAAGAGGAUAUCAAAGAUGCCAUUGUGUAUAUUGAUGCUGGUUGCACAGAAAGUUUUCAGUUUGCAGGAGCAUUCCCUUUGCUCUUGGAACUUGGUGCUCGUGCUGUGUGCAGCCUUGAAAAUAUGACUCCCCUCGAUGCGGUGGCUGAUUGGAAUUCGAAGCUUGAUUGUGCAAAGAGAAUUGUGAUUAUGACAUCUCGGCUUCUCAAUGAUGCUCAUCGUUAUAUGCUACGGUGUCUAAGCACCCAUGAAGGUGUUCACAGCUGCACAGUGUUCACAUCUAUCUCAGAGGGAUCUCACUCAGCUUGUCCUGAUUCACCACUUGGUCCUGACGCAUAUCGAGAGUACGAAAUCUUACUAGUUCAGGAUUACAAUGAACAUUCCAAGAAAAGCGACGAAAUAUCUAAAGACAAAGGGGUUUCUAAGUUCUCCUCUGCACUUGAGUCACUUACUAUGGAGCCUAUUAUAAGUGAAAAUGCAGAUACUUCAUCAGGUGAUGCAGAAGGCUUGGUGGUCUCGGUGCACCACUUCCCCUUAAUUAUUUGUCCUUUUACUCCUAGAGCCUUUGUCUUACCUUCCCAAGGAUCAGUCGCAGAAGCGUCCUUGUCCCGUCAACAUGAGGAUUCCCUUAGUUUCGGUCUGCCUCCCAUAAGUACUGGAUCUAUGUCUGAUACUGAUGAUGUUCCUCCUGGUGCAACUCUUACCGCACAUUUUCUUUACCAGCUGGCUCUUAAGAUGGAGUUGAAGUUGGAAAUAUUUUCGCUUGGUGAUCUAUCAAAGAAUGUCGGGAAGAUUCUUACAGACAUGUCAAGUCUUUAUGACGUAGGGCGGCGCAAACGAUCUGCUGGCUUGUUACUUGUUGACCGUACUCUUGAUCUUAUCACUCCAUGCUGUCAUGGGGAUUCACUUUUCGAUCGUAUCUUUUCAUCUUUGCCUCGAGCUGAAAGAUUUUCUUCACAAGCACAGCUUAAACAAGGGGUUCCAAGCAUCGAUCGUCCUUCUCUUGAUGUGCAAGUGCCGCUUGGGGAACUGUUAAAUGAAGAACCAAGCAAGAUUAGGGAUUCUGGUCUUCCUGAAGGCGUUGAAGCUUUUCUACGUGGCUGGGAUUCAUAUACUUCUGAUCCAGAAAGUGUAGAUUUGCUUAAUGAAUCUGACAGUAAAUCUAGCACCAACUUGAGUGAGCUACUAAAUGGAUCUCUUGUCGUCACGGAAUGUUUCAGAGGAACGCCUUACUUAGAGGCCGUGAUUGAUAGGAGAACAAAGGAUGGAAGUGUGCUGGUGAAGAAAUGGCUUCAAGAGGCUCUGCGUCGUGAAAAUAUCUCAGUCAACGUGAGGGGUCGUCCUGGUUACGCUACAAAGGCAGAGCUACAUGCCAUGAUAAAGGCACUGUCGCAAAGCCAGUCGUCUCUGUUGAAAAACAAAGGGAUCAUUCAGUUAGCGGCAGCUACAGCCGCUGCACUUGAUGAACCACAAAGUGCCAGAUGGGAUGCUUUUAGCAGUGCGGAGAUGAUGUUAAACGUAAGUGCGGGUGAUACGAGUCAGGGUUUGGCUGCUCAAAUUAGCGACCUGAUCAAUAAAAGCGCUCUCGCAGAGCUUCAAGCGAAGAAGAAUGAGAAACCAGAUUCGUCAUCACGAGGGCUUCUGUCUUUCCGAGAUGCCCUGCUUUUUACGAUAGUUGGUUACAUUCUUGCUGGCGAGAACUUCCCUACAUCUGGCUCAGGCGGGCCUUUCUCUUGGCAAGAAGAGCAUUUCCUAAAAGAAGCCAUUGUCGAUGCUGUUCUCGAGAAUCCAUCAGCAGGAAAUCUCAAGUUUCUUAAUGGGUUGACAGAAGAGCUUGAAGGCAGAUUGAAUCGCCUCAAGUCCGAGGAAGCCAAAGAGACUCCCGCUGAUGAUCAGUUAGACAUCGAUGCUCUUGAUGAUGAUCCAUGGGGAAAAUGGGGCGAGGAGGAAGAAGAAGAAGAAGACAAUGAAAAUAGUAAAGCAAACGAGUCCUAUGACGAUAUGCAGCUGAAACUUGAUUUGCGUGAUAGAGUAGACAGCUUGUUUAGGUUUCUCCACAAGUUAUCGAGCCUGCGAACAAGUAACCUACCAUUAAGAGAAGGCUCGUUGGCUUCAGAGAGCAGUUUUCCCGGAGAUCCUUCUGGAAACAAAGGGCUACUCUACAGGCUUAUAACAAAGGUGUUGAGCAAAGACGAGAUUCCCGGUUUAGAAUACCAUUCCUCAACUGUAGGAAGGCUUUUCAAAAGCGGUUUUGGAAGGUUUGGUCUUGGUCAGGCAAAACCGAGCCUCGCAGACCAGAGUGUCAUUCUUGUCUUUGUCAUUGGAGGAAUCAAUGGUCGAGAGGUUUUGGAAGCUCAAGAGGCUGUGUCGGAGAGCGGUAGACCGGACAUUGGUCUGGUUAUUGGAGGAACGACUCUUUUAAAUCCUGACGACAUGUUCGAACAAGAUAAUUGGGUUGGAAAUUGGAAUUCCGAAAUCUUCUUAAACUCCAAAAAUAUUUAUGUAUUUGGCCCCUCAGCAAUGAAGCUUCUACUCUCUCAAGCUCGCCGCCAAGGUCUUAUCAAACCCUUUUCGUCUCCAUUUCCACAAAUCCCUAGGCUCUUCUCUUCCUCCCCAUCAUCUGAUUCGAAUCCUUCUCCCGAUUCGAAUCUAAACCCGUCUCUGAAUGAAUUCCGCAAAAAACUCGAGCCAGUGUCGUACGCCGCCAAACCCAAGGAUCAGAAAUCCGAAACCUCCGAUGGCGCCUCUCCUCCGUUAUCAUCUUCUACGCCGCUUCAGGGCGAAUCGGCGAACCAGGAAGACCGUUCGAGCUUGACGCGAGAGGAAAUCCGAUACGUGAAAGACGCUCCUUCAGUCACUCCGGUCUCUUACGCUCAGAGUGUGGCUCCGCUUCCGGAGGAUCGCGUCGCCCGUGAGGGAGACAUAGAGAGAACUCCGGAGGAGAUGGAGAGGGAGAGGAAGAGGAUUGAAUUAGAGAAUCGGGCUAGAAGAAGGUUUCUGAGAGCAACCGCUGUGGAAGAGGACACUUCUUCACUUCCUUUGCCAACAUUGCUUAAACCUGACUUGAAACAUGGAAAGAAACCUAUUUUCGAUCUCAUGGAGGCCAUUAGAGAGAUUAAGGGCAAUGCGAAGGCGAAGUUUGAUGAAACUCUUGAGGCGCAUGUGAGGUUGGGCAUUGAAAAGGGCCGAUCUGAGCUGAUAGUUCGUGGUACUUUAGCUCUACCACAUUCUGUUAAAAAGGAUGUGAAAGUGGCUUUCUUUGCCGAGGGUGCUGAUGCAGAGGAUGCAAAGGCUGCAGGAGCUGAUGUCGUCGGUGGUCUUGAGCUUAUUGAGGAAAUUUUGAAAAGUGGCAAGAUCGACUUUGACAGAUGUCUUGCAACUCCGAAAAUGAUGCCCCGUGUUUACAAGAUAUCAAGGAUUCUUAACAAUCAUGGUUUGAUGCCAAACCCCAAACAAGGUAGUGUGACCAAGGAUGUUGCGAAAGCAGUGAAAGACGCAAAAGCUGGACAUACCAAAUUCAGAAUGGAUAAAACUUCUAUUCUUCAUGUGCCUCUUGGAAAGAUGAGCUUUGCUGAGGAUGCUUUGCGAGAGAAUGUUGGUGCAUUUAUGAACGCCCUUUUGCUGGCCAAGCCUGCCGGAUUGAAAAAGACUUCAAAGUAUGCUGGUUAUGUGAAUGCAUUCCACUUAUGCAGUACGAUGGGAAAGGGUUAUCCGGUAUCGAUACAGUCGUUAUCUAGAGCAGCGGAUCUCUAUACCAAAUUGCAGCUC